AGGAGUUGAAUGACAAUCAUCAGUUGCUUCGCAGAAGAGUCAUGCUAUGCUGGUGGUCAAUUGUCGGGGGGUGUACGAGGGGCACAAGGAAGAGCUUGAGACACGUGGAAGGAAGAGGUUGAGACACGUGGAACAGUAAGAUGCAGCCUACGCCCCGGAAACUUCUCGACGCCUGAGGUGGAGCAAAUUAAAUUAGACAGAGCUCCGGCGGUGCUGUCUGUGCGCUUUUGUUUUGAUUUAUAUUAUGCACGUGCGUUUACUUCUCGGCGAGCGUCUUUCUUCAUUAUACAAUUCGUACAGAAAUUUACAGGAUAGACAGACAGAUAGAUAGAUGGUCGAAGGUAGGCAACUGAGCGAGCAAGGGAGGCGGAGAAGAAAAGAAGAUAGUAUGUGCUCAGAAGGGGCGGCGAAGUAUGACACGGACGAGAUGAUGAAUUAAUUAAUUGUAGCAAGCAAUCAUCUUACGCGGGCGCGACUUUCGAUUUCUGAUUCCCUUCGUUCUCUCAUUUCUCUGUGCUGAGGAGAGGGACAAGCUUGCGCGCUGUGCUCGAGGUCGAGUUUGGAGAAGAGGAUCGGGCGUCAGAACGGUAGUCGGGAUUGGGAAAGGGUUGGUAUUCAAAUCGGUGGUGGUGGGAUCAACGACGACUCGUCAGGGGGAAAGAGUUUGCAUGCGCGAACUACUGCUCUGCAAACAGGCCUGCGGUUCUUCAUACGGAGAGCUUGACGGCAGGAAGCAGCACCCACGGUGCGCGAAACGCGGAUGAUGGGGGCUCAGCACGCAACUUGAUGAAAGCUCACAGGACGAGAUUGCUCACCUUCAGUUGGUCCGGAGUAAUCUCCUGUGUAUUGCUUGCACACGUAUGCCUACAGCAACACUACGCUUGCGUGGGUUCCUGUAUGUGCCAUGACUCUUUGCUAACUAGAGCGAGGUGGCGUAUCCCCCCAUGCACGCUUGUGCGCUCGAGUCUCUGCGGCUUAACUUCGAUCUUGUAUUCUUUUAUGGGAUUGACAACCCUCAUGUGUUAUUCGCAGAUCAAGUGCGUGGGGGGAGUUGGUUCUAUGUGAGCCAACCAUUCGCCGCAUCUUACAUGCAGACAAUAGGGUAGGGAAAGGGCAGAGCUGAACGGCCCUCAGCAAAUUUAUUGCCGUGCAGCGAACUAAUUGCCCGAAGGCUCCGUGCGUGUGUGAGAGAGAUAGAGGUGGUGUGUGUGUGUGUGUGUGUAAGAGAGAGAGAGAGAGAGAGAGAGAGAGAGAGAGAGAGAGAGAGAGAGUGCUGGCGGGUUUAACGUGUGCAAGGUUUGCGGGUGCAUGUGUUCCUGGAUUUGUGAGUCUCAGAUCUUGUUCGCUUGUUCUAGAUAAGCACUCGAACAAGAGGUAGGGAGUAGAUGGAUGGACGGAUAGGUAUAAGAUUUGCAGCGGGUGAUACGUUGGCGAUCCACGAAAGAAAAAAAAGUGUGGCAAUUCAUUGAAUUAUCAGUGAUGAGUUUAACAAUUUCUGUUUUCGAUUCGUGCAUGCGCUUGCGGUCUGUGAGCUAGGGAGACUGCGUGCACGCGUUGCGCACAACGCACACGCAUAGUUGUGAGGAAUGUUCUGGAUUCGGCGACGUAGAUUUCGGGUUUGACAGAGUGGGAGGGAGUUGAACCAGCGGCAGCAGCUGCCCGAAGGGAAGCAGAUAGGUUGUCUCGAGAAACGGAAGGGAAGGGGAGAAAGGAAGAGGGUUAUGCUGCUAUAUCGCUAUCGAAGGAAGCGAGCGGGUUGGUAGACAGUCCGCCGCAGCGAAAUGAAUCACCUGAGCGAUAGCGUUUGUUCUUUUGACCGGUCCCCAAGUCAAGAGAAGGAGGAGCUGGAAAAACUCCUAGAUGAGAGUAAUUAUCGCCGUAAGGAGGGUGAUACCUACUACGUAAUAUCUGCGGAGUGGUGGCAGCAAUGGAUGGAGUAUGUGGGUUCCAAGGACUCGAAGAAGACUAAGAUUUCUUACUUUAAUGGCAAACCGGGCGUCAUUGACAACAACAAAAUUGCGCAAGGUGGGGAGAACAAGUCGAACUUCGCCCAUUUGAAGAGAGGAUUGGAGGAACAAGUGGACUUCUGUCUCGUUCCUGAGGCGGUAUGGGAUCGCUUGGUGAGGUGGUACAGCGGUGGCCCUGCUCUCCCACGCAAAGUCAUUGCCCAGGGGGAAGAGAGCUGUCGGCAGCUGAUCGUGGAGCUGCAUCCUCUUCGCGUGCAGAUCGUGCGGUCUCAGUCCGGCAUCUGUGAGGAGCUAAUUAUUAGCAGAAAGGCCACUGUGGGGGAGCUCAAGCAAAGAGUGGCCGACUUGUUGAACAUGGAAGGAAAAUCCUUCUGUCUCUGGGACUUUUUCAACGAGAAGAAGCAGAAAAAGCUUACGGAUGCCGUACGGACGCUUGAAGACUAUGAAAUCCAGGAUCUCCAGAAGGUUCUUGUGGAAUCAGAGGGAAGAUGCCGAGGAGGGGAUGCAGAGCAGGACUCGUUCGCUUCCACCUCUUCCUCCUCGCCGUCGCCCGGCGCUUCCCUGUCCUCCGCGAUUACCUCCUCCUCCUCGUUGUCCACCGGCGCUGCGUUGAUCUCCGAAGGGUCGGCAUCCACCUAUGUAUCUCAUCGGUUGACGUCAGCGUCCGUCACGGCCUCGAGAAUGGCGAUGACCUCGGAUAUUGUCGAGGAUGACGUGCUGGGAGAGACGGCGAGGGAGGGAGAUCUAAGGGGGGAAGGCCAAGAGUCGAGGAGGGCAGCCGGUCUUACGUCCGCGCACGAUUCUCAGACUUCGUCCUCAGCUGCGUUGGCGGAGCAGAAGCAGCUGGGUAUCUCCGCGCAGUCGUCGUCCUUGCCGUCUUCCUACAGCAACGGAAGCAUUUUGCCUGCGACGAGGUCGGGAUCCCUCUCCUCCCCUCCCAGCAACGGACUUCUGUCGCCGCAACGGCAAGAUCAAGCCAACAACUCGUUGAAUAGAAGUCAGCCAACCUCCGCAGACAACAUUGCGCCGUCCUCUUCCUCCUCCUCCGGUCUUGACUUGGGCGCUUCCAGUCGUUCGAAGGUAGGGGCUGGAGGGGGCGAUGCAGUGGAGACGAGAGCGUUAGCGGCGAUUGGCAAUAACAAUGGUACUGGAAGCGGGGUCAGCACCAGUGGCGGGGGGUUCUUUAGGACAGGCGUGAUGGCGAGAUUGGGAUGGAGGGAUGGAGGGGGCGGGGGGGGAGGUAGCGCCGGUGGGAGAGGGGGGUUGACCGGUCUGCAGAAUCUAGGUAAUACGUGCUUUAUGAACAGUGCGCUGCAGUGUUUGGCCCACACGCCGCAGCUGGUGGAGUAUUUCUUGAGCGACUAUGUGCGCGAGAUCAACCUUGAGAAUCCCCUGGGCAUGAGGGGGGAGAUUGCGCGUGCUUUUGGGGAGCUGCUUCGGGAGAUGAUUUUGGUAGGCAAGUCUCCCGUUGCCCCGCGGCAUUUCAAGGGGACGCUGGCGCGCUUUGCUCCGCAAUUCAGCGGGUACAAUCAGCACGAUUCGCAGGAGCUGCUCGCUUUCCUGCUGAACGGUCUUCACGAGGACUUGAAUCGCGUUCGUGACAAGCCUUACAUAGAGCAGAAGGAUGCCGACGGACGUCCGGACGAGAAGGUUGCCAUCGAAGCCUGGGCAAAUCACAAGGCCAGGAACGACUCUAUUGUGGUCGACAUCUGUCAGGGCCAGUACAAGUCCACUCUUGUCUGCCCCACUUGUGGCAAAACCUCUGUGACGUUCGAUCCCUUCAUGUACCUUUCUCUGCCGCUGCCUGCGAAGACGUCGAGAUCGAUGAUGGUGGCAGUGCUGAGUGCGGACGGCAGUGUGGACCCGGAUACGUACACAGUCUCUGUGCCAAAGCAGGGGACGGUGGAGGACCUCCUGGAGGCGGUGGCCAAGGCCUGCGACCUCGACAGGGAGACCGAACGUAUGGCACUCGUUCAGCUGCAGCAGGGGCGGAUCUUGAGACCGCUCGACUUCAUGCUCCAAGAAUCCAUCGGCACAAUCAAGGAUGAAGAACCUUUGGUGGCUUAUCGUGUGCCUUGCUCGGUGCCGAGGUCGCGGCUCGUGAUGAUUUUGAACAGGAGAGAGGAGGGGAUGUACAAAGGCGACUGGAGGAUGUUCGGCGUUCCUCUACUAGGUAUUGCACCAGAAGGGGGUGUGACGUCCGCGAAGGAGGUGGUACAAGUGGUGAAGGCGGCGCUGAGACCGAUGCAACGAAGGAGGGGCGACCUCGAGAACGGGUUUGGCGCUGGAGGUGCCGCAGAAGAGAGUAGGCGGAUGCCUGGGAGGAAAAAGCAGGUGCAGGAGAGAGAGGAGGAGGAUGGGCGGCGGCCGUCGGUUAAUGGGAAGCGCGGCGGCCCUUCGCCUGGCGAUUCGAUGCGUGUGGGAGGGGCGGCGGCGAACGGAGAUGCAGUGCCGUCGACGAGCGUUGAUUUCGAGAGUGCCGAGACGAAUGGCACUGAUGGAACGACUGAUAUAUCUAUGGAGGAUGGGGAGGAUGGUGUGCAGGUGGACGGUCCAACGGCGGGGGGAAAUGAGGGGAGUUCAGCAGAGAGAAGGCAGCAGGAUUGCGACGACGGGGAAAAGAGAUGGACGUCGAAGGGUCUAGGAGGAGGAGGAGGUAAAGGAGGAAAAGGAGGAGGAAGAGUCGACAUGGAGAAUGACGGCGAUUACGACAAUGGGGACGUGAUGUCGGAGGUGAGUGGCGUCGUACCCGGAGCUGAGGUGGAGAUGACAGAAGUGGUUGCUGAUAAAGGAAUGGCUAUGGUGAGACGUGAGGACGCGAACGAUGAUGGUGAAGUGGAGGAGAGGGAGGAGGAAGAAGAUUCGUCCGGCGAGGAGGAUGAGUGUCCGUUCCUGGUGUCGUGUAUGGAUGACAGAGGUCUUCACAGGGAAGGUGUCGUGGAGUUGGACAAGCCUCUGCCGCGCAAUUGGGUGGUCCGCAGCUGCGGGUGGAGGUGUGUGGCAUUGGAGUGGGCGUCGCCGCCACCGACCGGUCGUGAGGAGUACGACCUUCAAGUGCUAGAGCUAAUUUCGGAGAGGUUAAGGGUAGGAGGUCCGUCUUUGGCCAAGAGGGCACGGCAGGAAUCGCUUUCGUUGUAUUCUUGUUUGGAGGCGUUUCUUUCCAAGGAGUCUCUCGGGAAAGAUGACAUGUGGUAUUGCCCUCGUUGCAAGGAGCACCGCCAAGCGACUAAGAAACUGGACCUGUGGAGAAUGCCGGAUAUUCUGGUCGUGCACUUGAAGCGGUUUUCCUUCUCCCAUUGGUGGAAGAGGAAGCUCGAGACCUUCGUCGAUUUUCCGAUAAGAGGACUGGAUGUUAGGCAAUACGUCACCAGGAAGAGGAGGAGAAAUGGUGGAACGAAACAGAGGGGGGAGAAAUCGUCCUGUCUGUAUGAUCUGUAUGCUGUCAGUAAUCACUACGGGGGGAUGGGAGGGGGUCAUUACACUGCCUAUGCGAAACUAGUGAACGAUGAUCUGUGGUACAACUUCGAUGACAGCUACGUUUCGCCGAUGAGGGAGGAGGAUGUCAAGUCGCCAGCAGCGUACAUGCUUUUCUACAAGAGAGUUGGGAAGGAUGAUGCCAGCGACGCAGAGGGCGAUGAUGUGGAUGUUGAUAUUGAUGACGCCGUGGGAGAAGCGGGAGAGGAGGAGGAGGUCGACGACGUUGCCUCCCUGGAAGGGGAGGGAGAGGGGAGGGAGGCAAGCGGGUUGGACAGUGAAGAGCUCGAGGAAGAGCGGGGAGAAAGGGUAAUAACGCCGCCGCCUGAUGAGGAUGGAACGGAUUCUUCCCCCGAGCGGAUCACUGCCAUUGCCAACGAGGAAGACGUGGAGGAGGGGAAUUCAGGAGAGAUGGACACCACUGUUGCCGUCUUCCCCCUUUCCAACGGCAAGGGGUGAGGGUAUGGGUGUGUGGCUAGUCACAUGGAAGGAAAAUUUCAUCCCUCUGCUUUGACAGUCUGUCUGUUUGAUUACCAGGGAGUCUUCUGCUGCUCCGGGAUGAAUGUCUCUCAAGGAUAGGGCUGAAGCGUGCUCGCUUUUGUGCGCAACUUCAUUAUUGUUAUUUAUAUGAGUGAUGAUAUGAUUGCCGCAUCGGCAGUCGUCUGCAUCAAGCCGGAGGCCCCGCAGAGGGUGAGGGGGGGGGUGGAAUGGAAGGGAAAGUUGAGUGGCGGAGGGAGACAGGAGAGAACGGGGUUUGUUUGUUGUGUGCUCGUGGACAGGCAGGUUAUCCAUUCAUCCACCAUUCGUCCAUCGGUUCAUCAGGCAGCAAAGUUUAUGUUCGUUUUUUCUUCCGGCUAUUUAUAUGCACAACUUGUGUCGGUUCCAUUGCGUCUGUAAUAAACUCCUGCUCUCUCUCUCUCUCUCCCCAAGUUGUUAUGCCGAUGACCAUUCGCUUACGUCGCGGCGCUUUUGUGACGGUGACAGGGUACUACCUGUCACGAAGGCUUUCCCUUAAUUAGGGCCCCGCCGGGCGGCGCCUGUGGUCGCCUUUCCGCGGUAGCGCGCAUUCACUCUCUUGUCCACCUCUCUUUCCUUCUCGCUUGUGUGCAGUCCGCUUUCAAUUCUUCUUUCACGGUAACCCUAAUCGUGGACUUUUCGCAGGCACGCAGGGGGGGGGGAGAGAGAGAGAGAGAGAGAGAGAGAGAGAGAGAGGUGGACUUUUGGCAGGAGGGGUGGAGAGAGAGAGAGAGAGAGGUGGACGUUUGGCAUGGAGGAGAGAGAGAGGGACUUUUGGCAUGGAGGGUGGACGUUUGGCAUGGAGGAGAGAGAGAGAGGGACUUUUGGCAUGGAAGAGAGAGAGAGAGAGAGGUAUGUGGGCUGGAAAAAGCGAGGGAGGAGACGGGAGAGACGGAAGGUGUUCUUUCGUGUGACUGAGGUGAUAUGAAGGUUUCUUUUUUUCGUCUGCGUUUUCGCAUCAGUUGUCGAUGUCCGUACUAUUUUCGUACACGGGCAGAAUUGUUCUUGGAAGUUCGUAAUGAGUGGAGCUCGUUGCUAUGGCGGUAUGCAAGCGCUUUUGCUUCCGUCGUCUUUCGGCGCCAUGCAAUCCGUUUAGGGUUGUCCCUUGUGCUCUUGCUUCCGCUUUUUUGGUUGCUCUCCUCCCCCUUCCGUUUUCUCCUUCUUCCCGUGCUCCUCGUCGUCCUCACGAUCUCUAUUAUCAAUGCACUUUAUGCGCGUCUUUUUCUAUCCAUUCUCCCUACCUCUCUCUUCUCCUCUCUAUCGACUCUUGGGACUGAGUAGGGUCCACGCUCAGCCCGAUCAGGAGGUUUGCUCUGCUCGGUCGAAAGCUGGUUUGAGAGCGUAUCGAGAAAGGAAGAAUACGGUUCGAUUCGCGGAGGGGCGGGGGGCGCGGGGUGGUGGGGGGCGUGGAGGAGGAGGAGGAGGCACUGCCAUCGUGACGCCUAACCUGUGUCAUCCACUCUUUAACUCAGUGAACGGAAAAGAUGGAGUGUCGGAAUAGCGAGAGAAGAUGCGUGACCUGAGGUGGCAGGCCUUUGCGGCGGUCGUCUAGGAUGCUGCAGAACCCCUUUCCCUGCGUCGUUGUUGAGACCCACGCUGUCACGGUAUAGUGCGAAUCGAAGUAUUACGAAAGCUCUCCAUGAGAGGUACUUAACGAUCGUAAAUCGGUUUAUGGAGGUGCUCUACAGAUUUGAGUCUACGGAUUUUUCGGUAAAGAGGUUUGAUCUAUUUUGGUUUCGUUUGGUCUGGAUUAGAGAAGAACCAGAUUCGACGUGUCGAGGCAUUUUAUUCAUGGGGUUUGUGUUACGCCCAUGGCCGCCUGUCUUCCUUUUUGGUUGUCUGGCUUUGGUCUGAUCGUCUUGCUGCUGCUCGGUUGCUUUUGCUGGUAUAGA